AUUAUGAGACCGAGUUUACCCUCUCUCUACUUCUUUGGGGUACUUUUAUUCUAUUGGUUACAAUGUGUAUCUUCUACCAACAAAUGUACUGUGAGACAUGAAGUAGCUGACUGUAGUCAUUUGAAGCUGACUCAAAUACCUGAUGACCUCCCAGUUAACAUAACAGUGCUGAACCUUACCCAUAAUCAAAUCCGAAGAUUAUUACCUGACAAUUUUACAAGAUAUAGUCAACUCACUGUCUUGGAUGGAGGCUAUAACUCCAUCUCAAAACUCGACCCAAGACUGUGUCAAGUACUCCCUGUGCUGAAAAUGUUGAAUCUCCAACACAAUCAGCUAUCUCAACUUUCUGAUAAAACCUUAUUCUCCUGCAUGAGUUUGGUUGAACUCUACCUCACUUCCAACUCGAUUCAGAAAAUUCAAAAUAAUCCCUUUAAAAACCUAAAGAAUUUACUGAAAUUAGAUCUAUCUCACAAUGGCUUAUCAUCUACUAAAUUAGGAACUCAAAUUCAACUAGAGAAUCUACAACAGCUUUUAUUAUCAAACAACAAAAUUCACUCAGUAAGUCAAGAAGAACUUUAUUUUCUUGGCAAUUCUUCUUUGGAGAAAUUAGACUUGUCAUCUAAUCAAAUUAAAGAGUUCUCUCCAGGGUGUUUUAAUGCAAUCGGAAAAUUAUUUGGCUUGUCUCUGAACAAUGCCCGACUGGGUCCAAGUCUGACAGAGAAUCUUUGUUUUGAAUUAUCAAACACGAGCAUUCAGAAACUAUCACUGAGCAAUGUCCAGCUGGAGAACAUAAGCGAUCUGACAUUUCUUGGACUAGCGCAAACAAACCUCACCACACUUGAUCUUUCCUACAACUCCUUAAAUAUAAUUGGUAAUGAUUCCUUCACUUGGCUUCCACACUUAGAAUACAUCUUCCUGGAAUAUAAUAAUAUACAACAUUUAUCUUCUCGCUCUUUUUUUGGACUUCUUAACGUGAGACACAUGAAUUUGAGACACGCUUUUGCUAAACCAAGUAUUUCUCUGGCUUCGCUUCCCAAGAUUGAUGAUUUUUCCUUUCAGUGGCUAAAACAUUUGGAGUAUCUUGACAUGGCAGACAACAGCCUGCCAAAUACAAAAAGCAAUACGUUCAAAGGAUUGGUAGAGCUUAAAUACUUAAAUCUAGCCAACUCCUUCACAAAUUUGCGAAUUUUAACCAAUGAAACAUUUCUAUCACUCAUUCAAUCUCCUUUGCUCCUACUCAACCUAACCAGAAAUAAAAUCUCCAGAAUAGAGAGUGAUGCUUUUUCUUGGUUAGGCCAGCUAAAGAUUCUUGACCUUGGUCUUAAUGAAAUUGAACAAAAACUCAUAGGCCAGGAAUGGAGAGGCCUGGAAAAUAUUGUUGAAAUAUACCUUUCCUACAACAAAGGUCUACAACUGACUGACAACUCUUUUGCUUUGGUUCCAAGUCUUCAACGCCUGAUGCUCCGAAGAGUAGCCCUUAAAAAUGUGGAUAUCUCCCCUUCCCCCUUUCAUCCUCUUCAUAACUUGGUCAUUCUGGAUUUAAGCAACAACAACAUAGCUAAUAUAAAUGAGGAACUUUUGGAUGGUCUCAAGAAAUUGGAAAUUCUGGAUUUACAGCAUAACAACUUAGCCCGGCUAUGGAAGCAUGCAAAUCCUGGUGGUCCUGUUUAUUUUCUAAAGGGUCUUUGUAACCUCCACAUCCUUAAUUUAGAGUCUAAUGGCUUCGAUGAGAUUCCUACAGAGAUGUUCAAGGACUUAUUUGAAUUAAAGAGUCUCCGCUUAGGAUUGAAUAACUUAAAUACACUUCCAUCAUCUGUUUUUGAUAGUCAGGUGUCUCUAAAGUCAUUGAGUCUUCAGAAGAAUCUCAUAACAUCGGUUGAAAAAGAGGUUUUUGGGACACCUUUCAAGAAUUUGAGUAACUUAGACAUGAGCUUUAACCCAUUUGAUUGUACUUGUCAGAGUAUUGCCUGGUUUGUUAAUUGGUUGAAUAGUACCCGUACCAAUAUCUCUGAGCUAUCAAAAUAUUAUAUAUGCAAUACUCCACCUCAAUAUCAUGGUCAUUCAGUGAAACUUUUUGACAUAGCAUCUUGUAAAGACAGUGCCCCCUUUAAACUCCUUUUUAUAAUCAAUACCAGUAUCCUGUUGGUUUUUAUUUUCAUUGUACUGGUAAUCCACUUUGAAGGCUGGAGAAUAUCUUUGUAUUGGAAUGUUUUAGUGCAUAGAAUUCUUGGAUUUAAAGAAAUAGAAAAAUUGCCAGAGCAAUUUGAAUAUUCAGCAUAUAUAAUUCAUGCUCAAAAAGACAGGGAUUGGGUCUGGAAACACUUUUCCUCUAUGGAAAAACAAGAUCAAACUCUCAAAUUUUGUCUGGAAGAAAGGGACUUUGAAGCAGGUGUCCUUGAACUUGAGGCUAUUGUGAAUAGCAUCAAAAGAAGCAGAAAAAUUGUUUUCAUUAUAACACAUCAUCUACUAAAAGAUCCAUUAUGCAAAAGGUUCAAGGUACAUCAUGCAGUCCAGCAAGCUAUUGAACAAAAUCUGGAUUCCAUUAUAUUGAUCUUUCUUGAGGAGAUUCCAGACUAUAAACUGAGCCAUGCUCUUUGUUUGAGAAGAGGAAUGUUUAAAUCUUAUUGCAUCUUGAACUGGCCAGUUCGGAAAGAGCAAAAAAAUGCCUUUCAACAAAAACUGCAAGUAGCACUUGGAUCGAGGAAUUCAACGCAUUAAAUUAUUUAAAGACUAAGUAAACAAAGAUGUAGUCUCCCUAUCCUAA